AAACAGUUCCUCUCGUAAUAACUCGUCAGGCGGACGGUUCUUGAAUAAAUAAAGUUAUUUCCUUUCUACUAAGGAAGUUACAUUGCUAUUAUGUAGGAUUCACUUCUUGUAAAGUUGGCAUCUAACGUAAUAAUAUAUCGUCAGAAUGUCGACGGUUCUUUUAGCUGUUGUUGCAGUAAUUUUGUGUGUGCUUUUCCGAUUGCUGAAUGUGAAUAGUCAACCGCAGAAACCUGUGAUUUAUGGAAAAGAUAGGAGUUUUAUUGAGAAUAUAUUAUUCAUCUCACCUUUUUUGAAUGAACCGUACAUUCCAACUCGAUUAUGGGGCUUCAGUGGCCACGUCCAGACCAUCCUCCACAGCCUUAUAGGGCGGGUUCGCUGCCCAUGGCCUAUUGGUGGAAGGGUUUCACUAGUCCUGCCUGACAAGUCAACUCUAACAUAUGAUCUCUAUGAGCCAGUUGGAUCGGAACAUGAAGAUGACGUCACGGUUGCAAUCUGUCCCGGCAUCGGCAACACAUCGGAGAGCGUGUACAUACGCACAUACGUCCACUACUCCCAGUGUCACGGCUACAGGUGCGCCGUACUGAACCACAUCGGUGCAUUGAACAGCGUGCCGGUUACCGGCAGUAGAAUAUUCUCGUAUGGGCACACCGACGAUUUCAACUACAUGAUAGAAAACUUGUUGGAACGAUAUCCUAACACGAAGAUAAUUCUAGUCGGAUUCAGUCUUGGCGGCAAUUUGAUUACGAAAUACCUAGGCGAAGACAGGAAGAGACCUAGCAACAUAAUAGGGGGCAUUUCCAUAUGUCAGGGAUACAACGCUCUUGACACUAUGGUGUAUUUAUUGCAAUGGCAAAAUUUCCGCCGUUUCUAUCUGUACAUAAUGACAGACAACUACCGGAAUAUUAUCACCAGACAUAAAAGGAUGCUGCUCAAUCAAGAAAUUAAAAACAGAUAUACUCUGGAUGAAAAAAUGAUAGUAUCGGCCGGUACUCUGCCGGACCUGGAUGAGGCUUAUUCAAGGAGAGUACAUGGAUUCGACUCCGUCGCGGAACUCUACAAGUGGAGUUCCUCAGCAUUCUACCUGAAGAACAUCAAUACUCCUAUGAUAUUCAUCAACGCCCGCGACGACCCUAUUGUACCUGAACCGCUGCUGCCACUCAUCCGUCAAUUUGUCAGUUCACACGAAAAAGCUAUGUAUUUGGAACUAGCUCAUGGAGGUCACUUGGGUUUUUACGAAGGGGGACUCGUGUACGCCAACCCUGUCAACUGGCUGGACCGAGCCUUGGUGGGCUUGGCCGGCGGCCUCCUCAUGGCACACAACAAGUGUUCACAGAAAGACACCACCACUAUCGGAACAGAAAUUCACUCAGAUGAUGAACCAGAUCUUAUAAAAUCGUCAACAAUAGUAUACUACGAUCCACUGGACAAAGUUCAAAAAGCUUACUAAUAUUACUGGGCUGACCCUAACCUACUACCACUUUUGGAUUUAGCCUAAAAUAACAAAUUAAGUAAGAUAUUUAUAUGACGUUUUAUUAAUAGAGUUUUGGUGUACUUUCAUAGAAUAUGCAUUACUAAUGUACUUACCAAACUUGAAUGCACAGUGGAGAGUGAUACCAUCAGAUAAUUAUUUUACAUCUUUUUUUUAUUUAACAAUAAUACUUUGCACAAAGUCCACAAAUUAUAAAGCACAUUAUUGCAUGUUUUUGUGUUGUGACAUAAUAUGAUUACUUUAGAUGUUGUGAUAUAUACUUUGUUUAUUUAUGUACUUAUGCAUUUAUUUUAAUAUAUUUAUUCUGCAUGGCAUUGAAAGUGAAAAACUAGUUGUAUGAUAACAUUGGAUAAAAGUUUGACGCUAUAGGAAUAUUAUGUAGAUAUAAUGUAUGUUAUAAUAAUGUUCGAUCGAAGUCACAGCACUGAAAUGGAAUCUGUUGCCUUACUUUGUAAAAAAAAUUCAACACAUUGACUUUAUCAGUCUUUCUCACUCUCCCUAUUAUAAUGUUAUGAGAGGGGCGGAUAGAGCCUAAGUAUAAGCCGAAAUAUUUUUACGAAGUAUGUUGCUGGGUGUUGUAAAUUGGUUGGCCACUAGAAAUCAUGUUUUCGACUCGUAGCAUAAUUGCAUUUUAGUCGAAGAUUUUUGAGGCUAAUAGCUAUGUUUGCUAGAGGAAUGUGUAUAUUAUCUUAGAUUCAGUCGGAAACCUACUUAUUCCUUACUUAAGCUGUAGGGCGUGUUUCCAUUAUAAGGCAAACUACGGGUGAAAGCACCAAAAACCGAGUCUUGAUUCAGCGAACAUUUAUGGUCGCACGGCUCGCCUUGAGCAAUGUUGGUUAUUUCAUAAGUCAUCUUUUCCUUGCCGACUAAUGGAAAAACACCCAUAAAUGUUCUAUUCAAAUUGUUAUCAAGCCUAUUCUUCAGGCAGACUAAUAGUAAAUUACGAAUUUAUAGGCUUACUUUAGGAUCGAUUCUGAGUAGCGCCUAAUACGGAUAUUGAGAUUACAUUAUAUGAUAGAUAACAUAAUUUGUAUUAUAAUUUACCACAUACGCACGCGACACUACACAAUACUGUUUAGCACCUACCACAGGGAAUAUGUCUCAUAUAAUAGUGAUGAUCUUUAGAUCGGAUACAUGUCCUUUGCUGUUAUCGCUGACUAUAAUUUGUAAUAUUGUUAGAUUUAUAUAAACAAAUAGAUACUGCUGUGUACACUGCUAGCCUUGCUAGAGCUUGCGCUUAGCGUAAGUUUUACUCGAUAUCAAUGACGUAGAGGCCCUAUUUUUAUACAAAAAAAUGUACCAGCGUGCUAUCCGCUGUAAUCAGAAUAUUUCGAAUAUAAUGACGUUAUUUAAUUACCAAUAUGGAGUAAACUGUAUAAACUAACGUCUAUACGCUCUACUAUAAGCUGUAUGUCGCUUGCAUCUCAUUAUAAAGUUUAAACACAUGGCCUAAAAUUAUGAACACUAUUUAUUUUUUGAUUACGAUAUGAGAUUACCGUCAGAAAGAAUAUACAACGACAUAAAUUAGAUAUAGCUUGUGAGUAUACUUGACACGAAUGGUAUUAAUGAAUGAAUAUAACAAAAUAGACCAAAUUUGGAGGAUCUCAACGAUUUCGCUUGUGUAGCGAUAAAAUGUAUUGCGUUGUUUUGUGUCGAAUAAAUUAUCAGUGUAUGUUUCAA